UCUCACGUUUUCUGAAAAUCUUAAUGAUCAUGCUUAAUCAAGAUUAUGAUAUUCCUUCUGAGUUAUUAGCCAAAAUAGACUCGAUAUUACCAAGCGAAGAUCCAUUAGACUCAAUAAGUUUCAAUGAAGUGGAUUAUAUUAAUCAAUUAUUUCCAACUGAACAAUCUUUAGGUAAUAUCGAUGAAAUAAUUGCAAAGUUUGAAGAAAAUAUAAAAAUCUUGGACAAUGAAAUACGCCAUAGCCUUCAUGAACAAAUGAAUACCGAGGUUGAAGGUUUGAAAACGUUAGAAAAAGCUAAGAGCUACAUAAAAGAUCUCUCUUCCCAGAUAAUUGAUAUAAAAUCUAAAGCAGAGACAUCUGAAAAUAUGGUCAAUGAAAUCACUCAAGAUAUACGACAACUAGAUCAGGCCAAACAAAAUUUGACCCUCUCCAUUACUACCUUAAAUCAUCUUCACAUGUUAGUUGGAGGUGUAGAAUCUUUAGAGAAGCUAAUACCGCAAAGGAAAUACGGCGAAAUUAGCAAUUUGUUCCAAGGCUUGUUAAACGUGCUUGACAAUUUCCAGGGAUGCACUGAUAUACCUCAAAUUAAAGAAAUGGCCAAUAAGGUACAAUCUUUGCGAAAAACGGUUGGUCAACAAAUAUUCGACGAUUUCAAGAAUAGCAUGACUGGCCAUGGGCCUCGCGUCCUUAACACGACUCAUGAGUUGUACGACGCCGUUAGGGUCAUCGAUAUCAUGGACUCUAGUUUAAAAAAAGAAUUUUUGGAUUGGUUCAUCAAUUUACAACUGGCCGAGUACAACGUACUUUUUCAAGAAACUCAAGAUGAAGGUUGGCUCGAUAAAGUCGAUAAAAGAUUCACGUGGUUCAAGCGAUACGGGAACGAUUUUACUCAAAAAUAUUACGGCGUUUUUCCGGAUAACUGGCACAUUUUGAGCAAGAUCGCUCUUCAUUUUUGCCAGAUAACCAGGAAUCAUUUGACCAAAGCUAUGAGCCAAAGGUAUUCGGAAAUCGACGUAAAGCUCAUACUUUUCGCUAUUCAGAAAACCCAGGUUUUCGAAAAUCUCUUGGCCGAAAAAUUUGACACGGGCGAUAUGGAAGAAGAUGAAGAAAUUAAUAUAGAUGGUAGAGAUGCCAAAAAUCCGUUCAAUGAACCAGAUAUUUCUAGUUCCAUUUCUGCUAUCACGAGAAAGCCGCACACGCCUCACGCUAUCUCUCCCAAAUCAUCGUUAACCCCGGUGGCAGGUAACGAAGAUAAGGAACAUAAAUUGCUCAAGAAGAAAUCUCCUUAUAUUGGGGCUAUAUCGAAAUGUUUCGAGGAUCAUUUGGACAUAUUUAUCAAAGCACAAGAUAGAAACCUUAAGGAUAUGUUAGAUCGCUUUACUCGAGACACUAAAGCUCUUAUAAACGAAUUGAAUGCCACAAACUCCAGCAAUGGAAAUCCUUUCAACGCCGAAAGCGAUAGCGCGCUAGACCCUUCUUCGACUGCUCAAAAUUCUUUGAAGGAAUCGAUAGUACUGCCCAGCAGCGCUGACCUCUUCGUGUUUUACAAAUCGUGCCUCAUGCAGUGCGCUCAAAUUAAUGCUUCCAGGGCCAUGCUAAACUUGGCCAACGAUGUUUUCAAGAUUUACCUUAAACAAUACGGCAACCGAGUUUUGUUGGCUAACGUACCCAACAAUCCUUCCUCCGCGUCUUCCGGAACCCUCUCAGCCACGGCCAGUAAUUUACGAGAACUCGCUUCAUUCCUCAAAGAAAAUACCAACAAAACUUUGAGCCGAUCCGAAAUUACUCUCCUUUGCGUUUUCAUUGGUACGGCCGAGUAUUGUUGCGAAACUAUUAAACAAUUAGAAACCAAGAUGAAAGAAAAAAUCGAACCUUCAUUGGUCGACCAAGUUGAUUUUAACGACGAAAUCGAUUUGUUUCAAGGAAUCAUUAGUACCUGUAUCAAUAGCCUGAUUCAAGAUUUGGAAGCUCAGUGUGAACCUUAUCUAAAUGCCAUGUCCAAGACCAACUGGCUGAAUUGUGAAUCGGUUGGUGACCAAUCUAAGUACGUUACCGGUAUCGUAAAUUGCUUCAAAAUUAGUUUUCCGUUCAUAAAAUCUAACUUGACCAAUUCUCGCAAAUAUUUCACCCAAUUUUGUAUACGAUUCGUGAAUUCUUUCAUUCCUAAAUACCUGACCGCGCUUUACAAAUGCAAACCUGUAGGUAUGGUAGGAGCAGAACAACUAUUGCUAGACACUCACAGCUUGAAAACCGUUUUGUUGGAACUCCCUUCCUUGGGUGCCUUCAAUAGUAAUAGUAGCAGUUUAUCCGUUUCCAAUUCGUAUUCCAAUUUUUCUAGCCUCAGCAAUCAAGGUCAGGGGCAAAGUGGGAUUAACGUUAAAAAACUGCCACCUGUUAGCUUCACCAAGAUCGUUGUUAAGGGCAUGACGAAGGCCGAAAUGAUACUGAAGGUAGUUAUGACGCCUCAUCAAGAUUCGGUUCCGCUCUUUGUCGAAAACUGUCUCAAGCUUUUACCAGAUUUGGAAGGUAUCGAAUUCCAAAAAAUUCUGGAUAUCAAAGGCAUUAAAAGAAACGAGCAGUACGCUAUAAUAGACUGCUUUAGAGAACAUAGAGCCAAUUUUCAACAAAACGAAACAGAAAAUAAAAUUAGCAAUUCGAAUUCAACCUCAAACGCCUCUUUACCGAAAGAAGAAACGCCAUCAUCUAAUCAAGAAACGGUAAUUAAUGGUGGUAACAAAAACAGUAAUAACAUAGCCAGUACCGGGACGAAAGCGUUGACUUCUUCCCUCACGUCUGUAGCUAGCGCGAAUGAAUCAAAUAAACCAAGUGGAAAUUCGCUCAAUUCGAUGAUUUUCUCCAUAUCUGAUCCCAGAAUUAAGAAAAUUGAAAAUUUAAUCAAAAAGAAGAUGUAAAUAAAAAUUGAAGGAUGAUUAUGAAUAUUCCUUUAAUCUUUUCGCGUCAUUAAUUAAAGAUCAUAACGGCUUGUAACCUGCAUAUUUAAGGCAAACGGAUGUGAUUAUUAUAUUUAACAAUAUAUCUUAUAUUUAUUUAUUGUGAUUAUCUUCAAUUUUAUUUAUUUUUUAAAAAAUUAUUAUGAUUAUGGGGUUAUAGUUGUAUCAUUUAAAUAUA